AUGUGGCCCUUCGUCAGCCACGCUCUCUUCCCACCCCCGACCCAGGCCUGGCUGCAAAGGGCUUCCUCGGACCCUGAGGCCCAGGGCUGGGGGGCCUGGGGCAGGGCCGAGAAGCCCCCUCUGGAGCCAGGGAGUGGGGACAGGAAGGAGGGGGAGCCAGGGGAAGCGGAGAAUGACCCCGAAGAUGCAGGCUUCCCCCUGUCUCUCUUGGAGGGGGAGGAGCUGGCCGAGUACCCGGAACCUGACCAGGAGCUGGAGGCCAUCAAAGUGAAGCUGUGGGCCAUGGAACAGGCCCAAGCACCGGAGCCGCCUGGGGCGCAGGGCCAGGCGGGACGGGAGGAGGGCGCCGGGGCCACACCGGCCAGGCAGCUGCUGAGCCCCGAGGCAGGUUGCACCUGCCCUGGGCCCCCCACGGAGCAGCUGGAGUCCGACCACAGAUCCGUCUAUGUGGGGAAUGUGGACUAUGGGGGCACAGCUGAGGAGCUAGAAGCCUACUUCAACUCCUGCGGGGAGGUUCACCGGGUCACCAUCCUAUGCGACAAGUUCUCUGGACACCCCAAGGGCUACGCCUACGUAGAGUUUGCUGCCGAGAGCUCAGCCCAGGCCGCGGUGGCGUUGGACAAGAGCAUCUUCCGAGGCCGAGUCAUCAAGGUGCUGCCCAAAAGGACCAACUUGCCGGGGAUCAGCUCUACCGACCGCGGGGGCUUCCGAGGACAGCCAGGGGCCAGAGGAGGACCGUUCCCCCGCAGCAGCCUCCAGGGCGGGGCCCGCUUCAGACCUCGGGGGCGGAACCGGGGCCGUGGACGGUUUUCACCUUGGUAUUCACCGUAUUGA